AUGGAAACAUAUCAAAUAAUGAGUAUAUAAAAUAUUAAAGUACUAUUUGUUGCAUAACCAUGUAAAGAAAUAUAGAGAUCUAAAUCAUAAAAUACAAGUAUCUUUCAAGAUUAACAACUCAAUGGAAUCAUCUAAGGACCACGUUAUGAUAAAAGAGGAGAUAUUAUAAAGAGAUCGAUAGUUGGAACAAUUGAUUAAUUUUAGAGAGAAGGCAAAGUUUAAUAAGAUAGUAGAGCUACUGAUGAUGAUUCUUCUAUGUUAAGAUCUUUUGUUAUUACUUAAUUCAAUAAGAAAUAAAACUUAAAGAAAAAAAGAGAACCUGUAAAAUUAAGCAAAAUUUCAAAGGAGGAUAUUAGAUUGUAUAUUGAUAAAAUACAAAACAAUAUUAAACUAUCAGAAAUCUCACUUAGAUCUAAAGAAGAGACAUUACCUAUCAUAGAAAGAAAUCUAUUAACUAGAUAAAGAAGAAUCUUAGAAUCCUGUGAAGAAUAGAAAGAAAAAUGGAAUUAAUUAGAAUAGUAAUUAGCAAAUAGAUGUGAACGAUCACAUAAUAAUACUUUACUUAAUAAAAGCUAAGGAUAUAGAGAAAAGAAAUAAUUGUUGGAUAAUCUAAAUGUUUUAUAGAAAGAACCAAAUAUUAAGGAAUGGUAUGGUAAUUUGAGAAAAUAUGAUUAAUCAAAUGAUCCAACUAUAGAAAUAAUUAAGAGUGGAAAUAAUGUUAAAAUUUGCAGUGACAGAUUUAAGAAUAUGAUCAAUUAGAGAUUAAGUAAAAAAUAUUAUGACUCUGAUUAUAUUAUUGUAAAUGGAAAUAGUAAAUUAAAAUUGGAAUCAGAAGAAGCCAGAGAUCUAAUGAUACUACCUUAAGAUCUUGUGUAACAACCACUCCAAGAUAUAAAUUACUCUAAUUAUAAUAAAAGAGAUAUCAGUCGUCGUUCAUCCUAUAGAAUUGUUUAAUUAUAGUGA